AGAAGAACAAUUUUGACGCCUCCUAAUCUCCCCCCCCCCUCUCUCUACACUUUUCAAAUCUCUCUCGGCGUCAGCUUUCAGUAUCCAAUCCAGGAAAGAGUGGAAAUUCGAAUUCGGUUUCGGUAUCGUGGGGAUUGGCGGAAGAAGCAAAGGAAUUACAGCAAAUGCCUGAGAAGAUAAAGCUGCAGCUUUUCCCAAUUGAUGAAGCAACACUUGUGGGCUUGGAAAAGGAUGGGUAUCAUCCCUACUUGGAACUCACUCUAAGCGCUCGUAAAAAAGUAUCUUCGGUGCUUAAGCAUUUAAAUGACAAGUGGGGUUCUUCCAAAAUUGCUAGUGGGGAGCCGGUUCUAUAUCCGUAUAACGUAGCUGAAGGUUUAGCUAGGAGGAAGUGGACGUUGAGUGACUUUGAUAUCACUGCAGGAGAGGUCUAUGCCGCUAUUGGGAACCCUUCUGUUUUCCGUCUAAGGUAUGGUUGGUUCUCUAAAUCUGAAAUUGAACCCGUUGGAGUACCUUCAGCGUCAACUGCCGACGAGGCCUGUUUACAACCUCAGUUCGUGCAGAAAGUUAGCAGUAUUAAUACAGAGAGUACUUGUGGUGAAGUGAAACGGAUGGAGGAAACAAGUGAAGAGUUCAAACCAAGCACUUCAACUGGAGCAAUGAAUGCGGUUUUGGCUGAUAAGAUAUCUUCCGAUGGAUCAAUUGGACCUAAGGGCAAUGAAACAAAGAUGGAUGUUGGCAUUGGGCAGCCAUCAACGCUGUGGAAUGACGGUCUAACUGACAUAAGCAUUGGGGGUCUGCUAUCUGAAGCGUCCUUGCAAGGACUGUUGAAUUCCUGUGAUCCAAGAUCAAAUGGGAGUAACCUAGGCUUGCAGCCAUCUCAGAUAAUCUCUGAUUCAUUUGAUGCCUUUAUUACUGCACAAGUAAAUGGUUUCCAAGAACCAAGGCUUCCUCCUCACAGUUCUAGCUCAUCUAUUUUGGAUGCCGAGGACACAUGCCACGCCUUUGCCGUUAAAAAAUUAUCUGCCUCAGGCAAAGAUUGUCGAACUCUGAGUGGAAGUGCAUAUUCUCAGACCUGCAGUCAAGAUACUGAUUCAAAGUCACCUAUGCAUCCAACUACAACUGAGGACCUUGGGUGCAAAGAAUCUGAAACAGAGCUCUCACUUGGUUCUCGAAUGUAUAAUCAUGAAAACAGCCUUGGGCUUUCAGGAAUCAAAUGGACUGAUUCUUUGGGACCCUUUGACCUCGGCCUGUCGUCUUCUAGAAAGAUUAUCAAUGGUGACAGUUUAAGCAUCGGCAGAAUUAUAGCUUCUGAUUGAUUUGUUUUAAUAUUUUAUGCUGGAACUUUCUGCACUCGUGAAAUUGAAACAAGCAAAGCUAUUGGCUUGAUGGUUGAAUAAAAACCUAUAGAGUAUCAUUUUCAAAA